GAAUAGGUUAGUGUUAUCUUAGAAGCAGUAGUAGACAACAUCUUUCUCCCAUCCAUCCUCCUGUGAGAACUGCGUGCCUGACAUCUACCUGCCAGCCAUGGACCCCAACUGUAGCUGUGAGGACGGUGGCUCUUGCACCUGUGUAGGCUCCUGCAAAUGUAAAUCCUGCCGAUGCACCUCCUGCAAGAAAAGUUGCUGCUCCUGUUGCCCAGCAGAAUGCGCCAAGUGUGCCCAGGGCUGUGUCUGCAAAGCCCCCCAGACUGAGAGUUGCAGCUGCUGCCACUGAUGCUCCUGUCUCCCUGUGCCCAUAAAUAGAGGAAUUUGUACAGACCUGACUUUUUAUACACCCAGAUGUGUUUUCUACUCUUUUUCCCUUCUAUGAAAUGAAAAUAAAGUCACUAAAUGAUUAAAAAAAAAAAAAGAAG